AUGUAUCCGAAAGUGAUAGUGAAAGGUUUCUCUGGAUUGCUGAUGAUCUUAUUAGUCCUUUCUGAAGGUCAAGGUUUCAUUUCAGAAGAUGAUGGAAACUUUGGUUCCUGCAGCAAAAAAAUGCUUGGAUCUACUUGUGAUGUUCUCCGAAAGAUUGAUUCUAGUCGAGACGGAGCAACUCCAGAAAGAAGACUCCAACAGAAUAGACUGGAAAAGAACCCAAAGGAAUCUGGAAGAACUCUUCAGGAUAGACGAAAUAGUAACGAAAGAUUUAUUACAAGAGAUAUUAGCAGAAUGAGAGAAGUUAGGAAUGACCUCAGCAGAUAUUCAAUAUCCAAUAAAAAUAGAGUAAUACAGUCCGAUGAACGAUUUGUGAGGUUAGGCGAAAGACGUACCUCAAGAUCAGAUUACACCAAGCAAAUCAGGUCUGCACUAAGUCCAGAAGAUAUUCGAAGGCGAUCAGUUGAAAAUCGAUUGGUGAGAUUCACUGAAACUCGUGCUGCUAGAUCAGACGAUCGAAGAGAUUCUAGAAUGGAUUUUAAUCGUGCCUCUAGAACAAUUAAUGCAAGACAAGUGAGAUCUGAUACGAAUAGAGAAGUAAGAUUAGUUGAUCCACAAGUUGCAAGAUCCGAUGUGAGGUCCAAUGAUCUUCGAGCUUCAAGGUUUAAUGAAAAUCGUUCUGCAAGAUCAGUGGAUAGACGUUCAUCUAGAUCAGACCAAAUUCGAGAGAGAUCAGUUGAGGAUCGAGUGGCUAGAUCAACUGUAAAUCGUGCUGCUAGAUCAGUCGAUCAAAGAGAUUCUAGAAUGAAUUUUAAUCGUGGCACUAGAUCAACUGAUGCAAGACAAGUGAGAUCUGAUACGAAUAGAGAAGUAAGAUUAGUUGAUCCACAAGUUGCAAGAUCCGAUGUGAGGUCCAAUGAUCUUCAAGCUUCGAGGUUUAAUGAAAAUCGUUCUGCAAGAUCAGUAGAUAGACGUUUAUCUAGAUCAGAUCAAACUCGAGGGAGAUCAGUUGAGGAUCGAGUGGCUAGAUCAAGUGUAAAUCGUGCUACUAGAUCAUUCGAUCAAAGAGAUUCUAGAAUGAAUUUUAAUCGUGGCACUAGAUCAACUGAUGCAAGACAAGUGAGAUCUGAUACAAAUAGAGAAGUAAGAUUAGUUGAUCCACAAGUUGCAAGGUCCGAUGUGAGGUCCAAUGAUCUUCGAGCUUCAAGGUUUAAUGAAAAUCGUUCUGCAAGAUCAGUAGAUAGACGUUCAUCUAGAUCAGAUCAAACUCGAGGGAGAUCAGUUGAUAAUCGAGUGGCUAGAUCAACUGUAAAUCGUGCUCCUAGAUCAGUCGAUCAAAGAGAUUCUAGAAUGAAUUUUAAUCGUGCCUCUAGAUCAACUGAUGCAAGACAGGUGAGGUCUGAUACAAAUAGAUUAGUAAGAUCAGUUGAUCUACAAGUUGCAAGAUCCGAUGUGAGGUCCGAUGAAAUUCGAGCAUCAAGGUUUAAUGAAAAUCGUUCUGCAAGAUCAGUUGAUAGACGUUCAUCUAGAUCAGAUCAAACUCGAGGGAGAUCAGUUGAGGAUCGAGUGGCUAGAUCAAGUGUAAAUCGUGCUGCUAGAUCAGUCGAUCAAAGAGAUUCUAGAAUGAAUUUUAAACGUGCCUCUAGAUCAAUUGAUGCAAGACAAGUGAGAUCUGAUACGAAUAGAGUAGUAAGAUUAGUUGAUCCACAAGUUGCAAGAUCCGAUGUGAGGUCCAAUGAUCUUCGAGCUUCAAGGUUUAAUGAAAAUCGUUCUGCAAGAUCAGUGGAUAGACGUUCAUCUAGAUCAGACCAAAUUCGAGAGAGAUCAGUUGAGGAUCGAGUGGCUAGAUCAACUGUAAAUCGUGCUGCUAGAUCAUUCGAUCAAAGAGAUUCUAGAAUGAAUUUUAAUCGUGGCACUAGAUCAACUGAUGCAAGACAAGUGAGAUCUGAUACAAAUAGAGAAGUAAAAUCAGUUGAUACUCAAAUUGCAAGAUCCGGUACGAGGUCCAAUGAUAUUCGAGCAUCAAGGCUUAAUGAAAAUCGUUCUGCAAGAUCAGUAGAUAGACGCUCAUCUAGAUCAGAUCAAACACGAGAGAGAUCAGUUGAAAAUCGAAUGGUAAGAUCCACUGUAAAUCGUGCUGCUAGAUCAGACGAUCAAAGAGAUUCUAUAAUAGACUUCAAUCGUGACACUAGAUCAAUCGAGACAAGGGAAAUGAGAUCUAACACAAAUAGAGCUGUAAGAUCAGUUUCUCCAGAAGUUGCAAGAUUCGAUGUGAGGUCCAAUGGUAUUAGAGCUUCAAGGCUUAAUGAAAAUAAUUCUGCAAGAUCAGCAUAUAGACGUUCAUCUAGAUCAGACCAAAUUCGAGAGAGAUCAGUUGAAAAUAGAAAGGUGAGAUCUAUUAUAAAUCGUGCAGAUGAUCAAAGAGAUUCUAGAAUACAUGUUAAUCGUGCCCCUAGAUCAAUUGAUGUAAGACAAUUGAGAUCUGAUACAAACAGAGCAUUAAGAUCAAUUGACCCUCAAGUUGCAAAAGCUGAUGUGAGGUUCAACGGUAUUCGAGCUCCAAAACUUGAAGAAAACCACUUUACAAGAUCAGUCGAUGUUACGAAGGCAAGAUCAGAUUAUAGAGCUGUUACUUAUCUUAGGUCUGAACCAGUAAUUAAGUCAACAUCAACCAGGUCUCUUAAUAAUCGAAGAAGUUCUGAAAGGUUAAGGGAGUUUGGUAAUGACAGUAGACAGCGUCAGAACUCUAGUACGAUGACCAGGCUGGAAAACAAACGAAAUAGUGUAACUGCUUCUAGGAGAAACACAGAAAGAUUGUACAUUAAUGACAGAAAAGUAAAGAACAUACGACAAAUACAGAAUGAUAGGAUUUUAGAUCUUGAAGUUCAAGAUGGUCAGAAUAUUAGGAAUCUAGUCAAGACUAGCAGCCGAAGGAAUUUCAGUAAGUACUCGAAAUGCACACUAGGUUAUUUUUUCUAUACAGGGUGUUAA